ACAAUCUCUUCGAGGUGGCUCAGUUUCCAAUCUUCCAGGUAGCGAGCAAGAUUGUCAUCAUGGCGAGAUCAACCUGCCAAAUCUGCCUGGACGUUGUUGAAAAAACCCAGUCACUCUCAAACAUUUGUGGGAAGAGCUGCAACGCCAAGAUUUGCCAACAAUGCAUGGGUCGUCACGUCGAGGUGACGCUACAGCAAUUCUACCCCGGUGUACUACCUCGAAUCCGCUGCCCAAUCUGUCUCGUCCCAGUGCAUGCGAGCUGCUGGGAAGAUUGCGUCCCUACUGAGAUUAAGUUGUCGUUGACAACCAAGUACGCGGAGCUGUGUCGUCAGGCCUGUGUGGUGACGCCACCGUGCUGCCACAAAACGGACUACACACACCUAACGGUGUUUGAUCCAGAACGCACACCCUCGAGCCCAGUCAUGUUGCUACCGUCACAACUCGAGAAGUUUAAGGUUAUGUGCAAACAGUUCUGCCGCCACAAGCUAGAACCUCGUGCAGUUCUGGACUAUGCCUUUGAAACCUUCGGAGAGGAGAAAGCUGCGAUCCUCUUAAAUGAGUUGACGCUAUCCCGUAUUCAGGACCCGGAGCGACGUGCCACACUGUUGCUAUCUCUGAUGUACUUCCGAGCAAAUACCAAGACGAAUUGCUGCGACCACGACUUCUGCUUCAACUGCAAGCGCCGCGGCCAUCACGAGUCCUGCGGGGAAGAUUUUGACGAGAAGAACGACCUGGUGCGCUGCCGUACAUGCCGCGCUCUGCUACUAAAGGUUGAAGGCUGUGACGCAGUCAACUGUGUCUGUGGAUUCAACAUGAACUGGUCGCAGGAGAGGAAUCUCCGCCGAGACCGAAAAAAACGCAUUGUGCCGGUUGAUAUCUUCGACAUUCCUCGGACAAACGAUUGGCUCGCCUUUAAACCUCGACUAUCCGUGGUAAUGGUGAAGAUGCGAAGAAAGUGGCUACAGCACCGUGCGCUAGCAAUGCGCCCCCUCGUGCACCCGGUCUUCGUCGUUUAUGUGUGGCGCUUCCGCCUCCGCAAGGUUCUUGCGACCCAGUUGAAUAUUGCAUGGAUAGCAAGGCGUGCCAAAUUCGUUGAUCAGACUAUUGAUAAAGUCAGAGACAUUCUUCGACCUGCGGUAGCAUCGUGCGCUUGGCGCCGGAGAUUCAGCAAGGCGUUGGUACACAUGGAACGUGAGAUGUAUUGGAAGGCAUACCAGCGCUGGCACUCGGAAGAAGUUGACGCUCAAGCUGAGGAAGUGAACUCUUUCUUGUGCAUCGGUGCAUUUGAUGACGACGAGUAGGCAGAUGAAACGUCAAAAUUGAGGGGACGUAUAUAUAUUAGCUCAUGAACAAGUUCGUCAUUGUUUACCCUGCCCAAAAGCAACGGAU